AGCUGCCAUGGCCAGCAGCAGAGAUUCCGACAGCGAACUGGCAGUGCCGGAUGAGGAGGGUGAGGGGCCAGACGUGAAGGCUGUGCAGGCCCACUAUCUGCGCAGCCCCUCGCCCAGCCGGUAUUCAGUGAUAUCAGACACUGAUACAGAGAGCAUCCUCAUGGAGCCAAUCCAUCUGUCAUCUGCUGUGGCUGCCAAACAAAUAAUCAAUGAAGAACUGAAGACAAAGGACACCAAGGUAGAGUCAGUGUGUCCCGGGAUGUUAGAGUCUGCACAGCAGCUGAUGGUGGAAGACCUGUACAACCGAGUUAAGGAAAAGAUUGAUGACACCAGCUUGUUUAACACGCCAUGUGUGAUGGACUUGCAGAGGGCACUUGUGAAGGACAGGUUGGAGACCCCCAGGGAUGCUGUGGAUGAAGUCUGGCCUAAUGUCUUCAUAGCAGAAAAAAGUGUUGCAGUGAACAAAAGCCGUUUGAAGAGACUGGGGAUCACGCACGUCCUGAACGCAGCUCACGGCACAGGAGUAUACACAGGACCUGACUUCUACAAUGGUCUGAACAUCCAGUACCUGGGCAUUGAAGUGGAUGACUUUCCGGACAUGGACAUCUCCAAACACUUCCGCCCAGCUGCAGAGUUCCUCGAUGAAGCACUGCUGACGUACAGGGGCAAAAUCCUUGUCAGCAGUGAAAUGGGCAUCAGUCGCUCGGCUGUGCUGGUGGCUGCUUACCUGAUGAUCUACCACCAUAUGACCAUUCUGGAGGCCCUGAUGACUCUGAGAAAGAAGCGUGCCAUUUACCCCAACGAUGGCUUUCUCAAGCAGCUACGAGAGCUCAACGAGCAGCUGUUGGAGGAGCGAGAGUUGGAACAUACUGGAGAUGAUGAAGUCACUCCUAGUCAGAGUCCUGUUGUCCAUGCAGGGCCUUCUUCCCAGCUGUCUGGAGCUGGUGACUCAGAAAGCAUUACAGGAGCCAAAGCCCACUCCAUCACAGCAGAAGAGGAGGACGCUGGCAGCCUGCUGGGUAGUUUUAGAAGCUCUUCAUCAGUGGGAAAAAGUAGCUGGGUUUCCAAACACUCCACCCUUAUCAGUGAGGAGGAAGAGGAGCAGUUGUAUGAGGAAUGGAGGAAGAAAGAAGGCCUGCCUGCAAAGGAAACAGGAGUUAACCACAGAAGAGUAUCUCCAAAGAUUCUGGAUCAGGAAGGAGAACAAUCUGAGGAGGAUGUGGAACAGAGGAUCCAUGACUGGCAGCGCAGAAAUGAGAAAUAUCAAAUGGAGGGGCCACCCAGGGAGGAUGAUUCAGAUUCCAGCAUGGGAGGAAGACCUUACCCAUCAGGUGAAUUCAGUGAUGUUGAGAGUGUGAGCAGUUUUGAGAUCCGAACCCUGAAAAAACAGCUGGAAGCCAGUAGCUUUAGCAGGAUGAGGAGGAGCCGUGCAGGCUCUGUGUCUUCAGAGAGCACUUGGGACAUGUGGAACCAGAGGCUUCUGGAGAUUGAGAAGGAAGCAGCUCAGAGGUAUCAUUCUAAGAAUAAAAAUUGUGGGGAGAGACAAUCCCCAGAAGCAGGAAGAAAGGAGAGGGAUGUGGAUGAGGAGAGCGUGUUUUCGGACAGUAGCUCCUUUUACAAUUUCUGCCAGAAGAACAAAGACAAACUGACUCCUCUAGAAAGGUGGAAGGUCAAAAGGAUCCAGUUUGGCUUUCACAAAAAAGAUCUGGAAUCAUCAUCAUCUUCUGCACCAUCUCCAGCGGAAGAUGGCAGCCAGGCAGGUGGGGAAGGGACAGAAGGGAAGAGUUUGUCAGAUAUUAACCUGACUGCUUACCAGGCUUGGAAAAUGAAGCGGCAGAAGAAGGUGGGCACUGAAAGCAAGGAGGAAUUUAUGGAGUUUGCCAAAACUGAGGAUUCUGCUUCAGCUAAAAAGAAGCAGAGACGUGCAGAGCUCCUUGAACGUUCAAAGAAAAUCUUAGAAGAGAGCCAGUCCAUGUGCAGCUGGGAGACAGACAGCACUGUGAGUGGGAGCAUCCCGCUCUCAGCUUUCUGGGCCUCAGCCCCCUCGGCAGGCGGUGCCGAGGAUGCAGCUUCUUCACUGAGCAUGCAGACGAAUCAUUCAUCUUUAUCACAGCCCAGGAGCAGCAUGGGGGAAAUGCCGCCUCAGAUGCCAAAUAUACCACUUCCCACUCUCCCAGUUGGCCCAGGUGAUACAAUAUCCAUGGCAAGUAUUCAGAACUGGAUUGCCAAUGUGGUCAGUGAAACCAUUGCCCAAAAGCAAAAUGAGAUCAUGAUGCUGUCCCGUCCGUCAUCUGCAAUGGGCUCCAGUGUAAUGUCAGGAGACCCUGGCAGGCGUGUAGAUGAUGACAAGGUUUCUCUUCUCAGUGCUCAGAGUGGCUCAUCUCUUGCCUCCUCUCAGCUUCGCCGGCAGGACGUGCACAAGAUCGAGUCUCAAUCUGUCCUGUCUUGCAACAGCGCAAUGAGCACAAGGACAGAAAGGACUAGCUCGAACGCGAAGAUAACACAGACAAGCAAGCCGCUGCACAGCCUCUUUGCUGAUGAGGUUGACCUGAAGAAACUCAGGAGGAAGGAGAGGGAGAUGCAAAUGGAAAUGAGAGAGAAAAUGACAGAUUAUCAAGUUGAAAAGGUGAUCAGCGACAAUAAGCGCAGCACUUUAUUUAAGAAAAAGGUGACCAAAGGGGAGGAAAACGAACUCGAAGAUGACAGUGAGGGUACCACAAACAGCCCCAGGCGCCCCUUGCAAGGGGAUCUUGACAGAACUGAAGCAAUUUUUGACCUGCCCACUCAGCCUGCAAGCACAGGUGCGCUGAAGUCAGACACAGAGACUGAUAUUACCAGGUGGCUCAGUGGCCUGAAAGCGGAAAGAGAACCGCUGUUGUAUUAUGAACAAAGUGAGCAGGCUAGGGAGAAAUAUAGUAGAUCAUCCAAAGUUAGAGAGGUGGAUUCUGAAACAUCCAGUUACAGAUUCUCCAGAACCCAGAGAGAAGAGCUAGACAGGUGCUCUUCCUAUGAGUCAAAAGGAGAUUCACUGAGAACCAUGUCAAGAUUUUCCUCUGCUUCUGCAAAAGAGGACAAAAAGAUGUAUAAGUUCACAAGGUCAAGGGUUAGUGAGACAACAAGUUCCAGAGAAAAGAGCCCAGAGAUGAAUGUUUUCAGCCAAACACCUGAACCAUCCUUUGACUCUGAUUCCCAUGAAACAGCUACACGGAGUCGAGUUAGAUCUCACCAUGUGGAGGCAUGUGAGGAGGAGGCCAGGUCAGACGUGUCAGAAUUUGGAGCUAAGAGGAAGUUCACCCAGAGCUUUUCAAAGUCUGAAGAGGAUGGAAAGAAGGAGGCAAAAGUGGAGCAAAGUGAAGAAAGAUUUGCAUCUAGACAGCUCUUUCAGUACAGGCGAAGCAUGCGUAAAGAAGCGGAAGAAGAGCAGGAUGACGAUGCCAUUAUCGCUGCUUGGAGAAGCCGACUAGAAGAAACCACGGAAAAGCUUCGGCGGAGAAGGGAAGAGUGACCAAGAUCAGAUUAUAGGAACACAAGCAGAGCCACAGAGUUCCUGAAUCACUCAUCAUUAUAUUUCUGAUAAUCCUUUGUGGUUUGCAGGGCAUUUCCUGCAGAUAGUUCUUUUCUUAAUCAAAAGCGAUAAAGGGAAGAGGUCAAGUUUUGGAAGUGUUUGUGGUUUGUCAGAAAGAAGAUGCUAGUAUUAAAUGAUCAAUGUAUGUAGGAACACAAUGUUAGAAGUCAUUAGGAGCCAGAUGAUGUUUC